AUGAGCCGACAACAUUUGGACGUUGAUUUUGGGCGGGCAUUCACAAACCUGACUCAUGAAGAUGAUCGACCACAAUCGCCGAGUGCCUUAUCGGGUGAUUCGGUAGGAAAACCAAGAAAAUUGAAAAAACAAAAAGUCAUUAAGAAAAAGGAUGAAAAUGGAGAGUAUCGAUAUUACAAUCCCAAUACGGGCGAGGAUGUAACUGAAAAAGUAUUAAAACAAAAGGAAAAGAAGAAAUUGGAAACCAGUCAAGUUUCGGAGAAUAUGGAGGAACGAAUAGAGAGGCCAUCUUCGUCUUCACAUUCGCCUUCGAAAACAAAUGACAAAGACUCUCCAGCAAAACCUUUGUCUAGGAAGAACAACAACGAUGAGCGAGCAGAACGCAAGCUCAAAAAAAAUGUUUCAGAAACACAACAAAGAUCAAACAACGAUGAUGACAAUGCGGAUCGUGACAACUUGAAACAAGUCACAAAGAAAAAUAGAAAUGAAGAAGAAUUAAAAUUGCAAGAACAACAUUCAAACAGAGUUAUUGCCAAGGUAAAAAAAGAAUCAUCAGAAACAGAAAUCAUGUCAACGAAAUACGAUGAUGAUGAGCCUACCUCAUCGGAGCAACAACAAAGCCAACCCAAAGCAAAAACUGUUGUUCCUCAUCUUGGCUUACCGUCAUCAUCCAGCACAGGUAACUUGGACCCGAACAGCGGUCGAAAUAAGACACAAUCCAAAGAAAGUAAUGAUGAGGAGGAUGAACAGCCGUCCGACAAAAUCAUCAUUACGCCCCCUCCCACCAAUAGAGCAAGAUCCUUUUUUGCUCCUCACGAAACAAGCGAUAAUAAUUUCGAAGUUUUUCAAGUGGAAAAACCACAAUCCUCACAUAGUGACGACAAGUCAAUAAGUUCUUCUGAGAGAUUACUCCAUGACGAGGACCAGCAGAUUGAGAUGAAUCAACAGCAGCAACGCGAAAGCUCACCUAAAGAGAAAAAAAAGCUAAGUAAUAGCGAGAGUAGAAGAAGACGACGCCGUUCAAAGCCCAAACCUGAAGAGACAACAAAUAACAACAUUCACGACGAUGUGACUGAACCAUCUCGUAUUUCAGAUGGCGCCAAGGAAGAAGAGACCCUUUCACAAGAUGCCCUUAUACAACCUCCAGCCGUCGUUUCUUCAACAAUGGAUGACCGUAUUUUGGAUCAGGACGAAACGACAACAAACGGGAGCGGCUCCUCAACUCAAUCAUUGGCAGAGGAUGCCAUAAAUUCCUCUCCAAAAAACAAUGAUCCAAUGGCAGAGUUGUAUCAGGAAAAUAAUAAUCAAGCCAAUGUCACAACACCAGCAUUACUACCCGGAUAUCUUGCUUCACAAUCGGACACUAUUUGGAGUAGGAAAGGAUUGGCUAAAUUUUGGAGAAAAUCUUUGAAUUUUGUAAGGACAUUUUCCUUUACGGAUCCUCAACAAGAACCAACAAUCAAAUCAAACAAACACUCAUUAUUCGAUCCCACAAAGCGCAACAUUGCGGAUAGAAUGACGCGACCAAUUUUAACAUUGACCAUUAAGGGAGCAGAUAUGUUAACUCUAGAUGAAAAUGUGGUGCAUCCUUGUGUUAAAGUUUCGGUCUUGGACAUUCUCACGGGUCAAUAUCUUAAAGCUGACUCGUUCAACGACAAGUCCAGUGAGGUUGUUUUACCACAAAUGACUCUACCUUACAAUAUGAAAAAGACCAAAAGUUUGGUGCCAAUAUGGAAUGAUACCAUGUACUUUGAUACACUUUAUAAUCACUUUCUGAAAGAAAAUGUUGUAUUUAUUUUUGAACUUGUAGAUUUCAGUUUUGAAAAAGGAGAAUACAAAAUAGCCUGGGGAUUCUUAAAGCCUGUGAGCUCGAGUGGAAGAGCCAAUGCCGGCAAAGACUUGCGGAUUCGACUUUUCAAAUAUCCAAGAAAAAUUCCUGGAAUUUUCUCAAAAAUUUUCAAACCACACUCGCCUCUAGUACAACCUUCACAAGCGAGCGCUGCCUUAAACACUAAUGCAGUCUUUUCCACCAAUGAGGCGUUCUUAUUGUAUCAACAUAGACAUCAGGCACAAUUAUAUCCCUCAACUCUCUACAUUGAGAUGAAAGCAAUGCAACGACCGCCACGAAAAAAAAUAUCAUUUCCUGAACGACCCCAAAAACCUAAUGAAUUUGAAAUUGGAAGAUUCACACUCGAGGAAUUGCUUCAAAAUAAUGAUGAACAAGUGGUAAAUAUUGUACAGACUGAACAAACCAAAGAAAAGAAGAAGGAACAAUCACUUCAACGACUCAAACUGAAACGAGAUGUGAAUGAGCCAUGUGAAAUUCCAUCAAAGUUAUUGUUUCAAUUUGAUGCUGGAGAAAAGGGAUGUAUUUGUUUGGAAUUUUCAAAAUCGGGUCAAUACUUGGCUUGUGGAUGUCACACCAAUGAGAGGUAUGGCCAAUUGAAAAUUUAUGAUGUCUUUGAGGGAACUCUGGUUGAAACGAUUAAUGCUCAUAUUGAUCUUAUUUAUACCAUUGAUUGGAAUUGUGACGAUACUGAGAUUGUCACUGCAUCAUCGGAUGGUAUCUGUAAAGUUUGGAAUGUCGAAUACGACAAGAAAAAGGCCUCCAACAGGAAACCAAAACUCAUUUCGGCGAUGCAACACCCGUGCUAUGUCUACACGGCACGAUUUCAUCCCAUCUGCAAGAAAAUUGUUGCAUCGGGAAGUUAUGACCGUCGAAUUCGAAUUUUCAAUAAGGACACUGGAAAGACUAUCAAAGAACUCGAAGGACACACCUCUAGAAUCAGUAGUAUUGCUUUCGACAAUGGUGGAACCAGAAUGUAUUCUGCAAGCGGUGACGGUGUGAUCAAAAUUUGGAGUUGCCGCCUCAGAGAGGAUUCAACCUUAGACGAUAUUUCCAACUCGUUUGCCUGUAUGAGAACCAUUCAAGAUACUGAGCUGAGCAAAUCCACUCUCACCUGUAUUCGCAUUGAUCCAAAAUAUUCUCAAGAACGUUUGUUUAUUCAUUCUCAGGACAACAUGUUACGACGAUUGGACACUGGCCUCAAAAACAUUCGUAAUCGAUAUCACGGUGUGAAAUGUUUUAUCAAUGCUCAGAAAUGUAAUGUGAGUCCAGACGGCCAAUACAUUGUCUCUGGAUCCGAUAUUGGAAGAGUUUACUUUUGGAAUGUUGAGAGUGAGGAAUUAAUUUAUAAGGAAGGAAAAGAUUUUGGAUUUGAGGAUUCGCCAGUCUACGAUAUUGCAUGGAGUUCGAAAGAACACAUGAUUGCCUUGUGUUCAUUCGAUGGUAGUCAACCCAUUCGAGUGUAUUGUUUUGAGAAGGCCAUUGAGGAAUUUACCUCAAAACCUCCUCACUCACAGGAAAAUCCUCAAGGCAGUACACACAGUUCAGAACCUUUACACAAAUUGCAGUCGAAUCAUUACACAAAUCCAUCCUUCUCUCAUCACUACACAUCGUCGAAUAUUCAGGCAUUAUUAACCAAACGAUCGAAUGGCUCGAGUAGCAAUGAUCCAGCAGCGGCACUUCCACUCAGUCCUUCAAGUCAAAGUUUUUUCACAAUGCCUCAGUCACCCAUUAGUAGUGGCAAACAUGCAUCACAAGUGCCACCGCCACGCAGUUCAACCUUAUUAUCGAGUGGAUUCAAUUUUGGAUCAAGAUCAAAAACACCAGAUCCAAUCAAGCUCAACCCUGAUCAUUCCUUGGUUGGGUCAAGGCCCAGAACUUCAACUGCACCAAAAGUGGAAUUUCAAUAA